CGAAAAGAAUAGGUUAGCAAUAAUAGCGACAAGAUCAUUGUGACAAGUCCGAAUGACGUGAUACGCAAUUCGCUCAUCAGUCAUUAGUUAUUACUAUUUUACAAUUUUUCACCUAUCUGCGUAGACUCGUACACAGCUGUACAAACGAUUUUUAGUAUUAUAUUAUAAUCGUAUCGAAACGCUUACAUAUCAAUAGUUGGAUUAUGUUUGUAGUUUAUGUACACUUCACACAUUUCGUUGGAUAAACGUUUAGUAAUUGCAUAAGACUAUAAGAGAUUAUAUAUUUAUUGUAAGCAAUUGAUUUCAUCAAGUAAAUUGUAUCCAUGACAUUGAGAUUAUACAUUUAUUGUAAACAAUUGACUUCAUUAAGUAAAUUGGAUCCGUGACAUUUAGGUAAGAUUAAAAACUCGGGAGUAUUUUGAAAAGAGAAAACUGGCUACGCUUAACCUUUAAAUAAACAAAAUUUAUCAUGUUUGAUCUUAUCAAACUGGCCUAUAUGGCUUGUAAUGAUGAUGAACAAAAAUGGUAUGAUACUAUCCCUAGGAACAUUGUUAAAGUUGAUGUGAAAAAUUGUUGUUUAGAAUUAAGAAAAGCCAAAAUAGAAAACAGUGUAGAUUUGUCAAAUACUGAAUUGUGUACAACAGCUGCAUUCAAUGGCCAUUACGAUUGUUUAAUGUUUGCUCAUCAAAUAGGAUAUUCAUGGAAUGAGUCAACAUGUUCAUCAGCUGCAUGCCAGGGACACCUUGAUUGUUUGAAAUAUUUAAAAGAAAAUGGAUGUGCAUGGAAUAUAGAAACAUGCAUACGUGCUGCAGGGAAUAACCAAUUGCCUUGUUUAAAAUAUGCGGUUGAAAAUGGAUGCCCAGUUACUAGAGAUGUUAUGAACAGUUCUGCAAAAAGUGGUCACUUGAACUGUAUAAAAUACUUGCAUUCCAUGAAGGUGGCAUGGAAUGAAUCCACAUGUUCAUAUACUGCAGAAAACGGCCAUAUAGACUGUUUAAGAUAUCUUCAUGAAAAUGGGUGCCCCUGGAAUGAACAUGUAAGCUACUGGGUUGCAUUGAACGGUCAUCUUGAAUGCUUAAUAUACUCCCAUGAACAUGGAUGUCCGUGGAAUGACUUAGUAAAUUGUUUCGCAGCAAUAAAAGGACGUUUAAGUUGCAUGAUAUAUGCCCAUGAAAAUGGUUGUCCAUGGCAUGAAGAUACAACCUUCUAUGCUGGAAUGGGAGGACACACAGAUUGUUUAAUUUAUGCUCUUGAAAAUGGCUGUGAGUUUAAUGACAAAAUACAAGAAAUGUUGGCUACUUUUGGAUACCAAAUAUCAAUUGAAACAUCAAUUAAAGAUUAAUAUUGUAUUAAUCUCAAAUAAAUCAAGUCAGAAUCAAUUAAAUUAAUACUAAAGAUUAAUUCAUUUUUGCUGUGUAUGUAAUACAAUGGUCACUAAGAAGAUAAAAAUUUUGAGGGAAAUAAUGGUCACCCAGUUUCCUUCAUGCAACGACUUAAAAUUAAGGGAAAAAAGAAUUAAAUUGUUUACAUUUUUAAUCCUUAUUAACUAAUUGUUUAUUGGUUCCUAUAGUUUCUUAUACAUAUUUUUCAACACUUUUUUUUUUUAUUUAUUUAUUUUUUUAAUCUUAUAUUAUAG